UUUGAUGUUUGCGGUAACAAACCCACCAUAUUUUUCACACAGUUCAUACUUAUCGAGUGUGGUUAAGUAAAGAAAGUUGAAAACAGUCUGUGAAAUUGUAUUAUUGUUCCAAUUUUAAGCAAAUUUCAACUAAUAGUUUCACACUUUUCGUUCAACCAUGAGCGACACCGCAGAUGAUAACUUAGCAGCGGAGGAAGCAUCGGUCGAAAAAAGUUUGCUCAUUUACGUCGGCAAUCUUCAGAAGACGGCUACCGAGGACCAACUGCGUGAUUUUUUCCGCGAGUGCAAAGGAAUUCAAGCGGUUGAGUUCCGGCUGGAGAAUUGCACCUACUGUCCAACGAAAAUAGCGUUCAUAAAAUUUACCCAACGGAGCGAUGCCAACAAGGCGCUUCGGUUCAAUCAGAACUUUUUCCAGGGCCGCCGACUGUUUAUCACUAACGUUGAUUCCGAACGGAAUUUCACUCCACGUUACUCUGUUAUGGUGAGGCAGUUGAAUGAAUACAUCACUGAGGAAGACAUUUACGAACAUUUUCGGAACAUCGGCACGAUUGAAUGUGUCCAGAAACCGGCAAACAAUUAUGCAUACAUUUCAUUCGAACGCAGUGAAAUGGCCCAGCGUGCACUGAGAAUGAAAGACCGCAACCUAAAGGGAGUUGAGGUGGAAAUCUGCACCAUUAAGCGCACCAUUUGCAUGCUGCUGGAAAAACCGAAAAAAAUGCAGUUUACGAGUAUCGCUAGUAAAUGUGAAGCUCUCGGUUUGAGAUAUGAACCUCAAGCAGAAUCAGUGAUUAAACUACUCGUCACCAAUAUUCCCCGGCAUGUGCCGGAAAAAGACAUCGUCGAUUAUUUUGAAAAGUUUGGAAAGGUUGUCGAUUGGGAAACGCAUAAAUCACCUAUUUCAGUUCUAACCAAUAUCGGCUACGUAACGUAUUUGAAUUCGAACACUGCACGAUACGUGUAUCUGUACGGACCGCACUAUUUCCAAGGAGUUGCUCUGGAUAUUUACAAUCCUCGCAUCACGUACGGGGAGCACAAGUCGACUACGGCAGUUUUAAUUAAAAGAACUAGCAUUUAUCUAACAAAUGAUGAAAUAUUCCAAGCUAUGAAUGAGUGCGGACGGGUUGUUUACAUCCAUCGAGUGGACGCAACCAGAUUCUGCACAGUUGUGAGAUUCCAGUUUUACAUUGCCGUGAAACAGGCACUGUCAGUGAAACAAAUAGCCCAGGAGAAUGUUUAUGUGACAAAGUACACUGAUCAAGACUAUCUUACUGAUAUGGCACCACUCGCGGAAGUAUUCCCUAAGAGCAGUAUUCGCAUUUACAAGGAAGCCGAAUUACGGAGAAUAAUUGAUAUGGAAGAUCGUGCGGAAAUGUUGAAGCUACGCACGGAACCAAAUCCACUCUAUUUGAAUCCGAAUCCAGAAUUCUACAAAAAUGAAGUUCAAAUUCUAAAUUUUCCUUCUGGGAUUGGGAUAGUGCAACUACGGGAGCAUUUUAAAAAAUAUGGUAAUGUUAUCAAUUUCCGUGAAGUAUCGCAAGGCUUUGUCCGAAUUGGAUACGUAAGCUUCGAUACUCGACUGGGAGCCAGACGAGCGUGCUCAAUGAAUCAGAAUUUCAUUAACGGCAAACGUUUACUUAUCCAUUUGGCUACCGAGAACUUGGUCAUUGAUCCUGCGGUGUGCGUGAAUGUUACUGGCUUGAAUCCAUCCAUCGCGGACGAAGAAAUCUACGACCAGUUCAACGAAGUUGGAACGGUGAAAUUUGUUCUUCGAAAGUCCGCUGAAAGGGCUGUGGUGUGUAUGGAACAGCCACGAUGGUUAGAACCAGCUCUUCAGAUCAGGACAAUCGGUCGAUUCAAGGUCAUCGUUAACCGAAUGAGCGCCAUGCUACGAGGACCUGCUGUACAGCAGUUUGAAGCGCCACCCAAACAGUCAGCACCAAAUCGGCAAUCACUUCAACCCUCGAUGCAAGCUAAUCAAUCGGUUCCGAAAACAACUCCCAUUUUCAAUCCCAUGACCUCAAUUAAUACUAUAGAUCCAACGAAACAAAUCAGGCCGACCAAUGGUACACCGAAUAGGCCGAUGGAACGGCCCAAUGCACCAAUGAGAAAUGCUAACGCACCUAUGUCAGAACCCAGUGGACAAAUGAUGUGUCCUAAUGGGCAUGUAAUGGAUAUGAGAGGUCCAAUGAUGGAUUAUGGAGGACCACAAGGUCCUAUGAUGAGACCACAAGGUCCCAUGAUGAGACCACAAAAUCCAAUGAUGGGCCCUCAAGGUCCAAUGAUGAGACCACAAGGUCCAAUGAUGGGGCAGCAAGGUCCAAUGAUGGGACCACAGGGUCCAAUGAUAAGACCGUCAGGUCCAAUGAUGGGACCUCCAGGGUCAAUGAUGGGACCACAAGGUCCAAUGAUGGGACCGCAAGGGCCAAUGAUGGGACAGCAAGGACCAAUGAUGGGACCACAAGGGCCAAUGAUGGGACCGCAAGGACCAAUGAUGGGACCGCAGGGGCCAAUGAUGGGACCGCAAGGACCCAUGAUGGGACGAAAUGGACCUAAUCCGGUUGUGACACCUGCUAUGAAACGGCUAAUGCAAAUAGUUGAAAGCAACAUGAUCCAUAUUCAAGCCUUCGCUUCACUACCAAUGAUUGAUCAGUUUCGUCUCGUUCAUGGUAUUGUAAAUCAGUUCCAGGAUGUGCCCUCAUUUAUCCAUAUGAAAACGGAUAAAAAAAUUAACUAUCUCAUCAGUGGCAAUGGCUUUAAAUGUCCAGAGUUGUUCACAUUAUUCACCUAUCCCCAGCAGCUGAAACUGCUCAAUUUAAUCCAGACAGAUUAUUUAAACACCAGUAUGACACCAGAUUACAAUGCUGGUCCACCGAUAAUGAAAGCUCCAGUUGCAUAUACGCAUCCAGUUGCAUCCACGCGUCCAGUUGUAUCCACGCAUCCAGUUGCAAAAGAAACUCCAGUUUCCCAAAAAACCAUUCAGGAAGAAUUGGAAACUAGCGGAUCGCUUGCUCCCUGGCAGUUGAAGCCAUCACGCACCUCAACCGGCUCUAAUGAGCUUGAUUUUCAAAACAAAGAACCCUCUGCGCAGGAUCGCUUCGAAAAAGAGCAACUUCAACUACAGUCAAGCCUAGGUAGUCCGCCACAACUGGAUGAUGUUCCGGACACUCUGUCUAUCAGCUCGGAGUCAAGUUUCAUUCCUCCCGCACCAGAACCUCCAAAAUUCCUUACAUCGAAUUCACCCCUUAGAUCUCCUCCCAUAGAUCGAGCUGAUAGUAGGUCUCCUAUCAACGACUAUCUCAGCGUACGAUCAAUGUCAAUUUCACCGAUCAAUAUUCGCCGCUCAAGGUCGAACUCACGUAACCGUUUAUCACCAGCGAAACGCGAAAGUUUGAGCCCUCUUUCAAAGGCACUAUUUUCUACCCCUAUUGAGACCUCAUCAAGCCGGACCAGGCAUCGCCACGAAACAUCCGUUCGAUCUAAAGCGCGAUCCCGAUCUCGGUCACCAAACUUAUCUUACCGGUCGCGCCGUGUAUCACCUCCCAGCAGGAGAGACCGGUACGCCCGAUCACCAUCUAGGUCUCCGGAGUUCAUCCGCGUCCGCGGGUAUCGCUCGCGAAGUCCAGAGCGACGGUCCUAUAGAAGAUCUCCAGUACGCAGUUUGAGCCCUCCAUCGCGUUCGAAGGCUAGCUUAUCGUUAAGGGAUUCUGAAAAGCACCCGACAUGGGAUGAUGAAAUUCUACAAGACAAGAAACGUAAAUUGCACGCUAAAGAGGAAAGUGGCGCGUCCAGUGAAAUUUAUGUUGGAAACUUACCACCAGAAACCAAUGACGGUAAUGUGGUAGAUAUUUUCGGCAAAUUCGGUCAGAUAGUGAAAAUCACAUUGAUAACAGUUUUCGAUAAAAAGAAGGCCUUCAUCAAGUUCGACACGUUUGAUCAGGCGGUACGAGCCUUGGAGAUGCACUUGCGAAUUUAUCGUGGUAAUCUGCUGCGUGUAGCUUUUAUUAACAAAAAGCAAAGAGAACGUCCUGGUUAUUCCGUCAGCGUCGCUUCUAAAGGACCAUACGACGAGGUUGUAAUGUACGAUACAUUCAAAAUGUGCGGUGAAAUUACAAACAUUUGGACGCGAAUAUAUAUGAACACAACCUACUGUGUUAUCGACUUUAAGCAUCACGAUGCGGUGCGUGCUGCGAUGGACACCGACAGACUAAUUACCGGUCAGAAGUGUAAGUGUCGUGCUAUAGUGUAGCACGCAACUGGUGCAGAUACUGGUGAGUAAUGAUUGUACUAUCAUUUGAUUUUUUUCUUUCUAACUAUUUUUAAUUUGCUCGGCAUUCUCUAAGAAAAAGUGUAAUAAUAUUAUUAGCAUAAACGACUAGUAAGUUCACAUAAGUUUUUGAUGAUAAUAAUUCGCUGUCUUUUAGGCAAUUUUUUUGUCAUGAAUAUUUAGCAGAACUGAAUAGAUGACAAUAGAUUCGUUUCUCAAUUGUCGAGAAUAAAGAGCUAGCCUAAAAACUAUAGUUCAGUUUCAUAGUUUGUAAACAGGAGAAAAUGUUUUCUGAUCAAUUUUAUCUUUUGUAGUAGGUUAGCUUCAGUCAGUUAGAGGUGAAAUAGUUGUGCUACAUUUUCAUUUCACAGGAAAUUAUCUGAACAUCUUAAUAAAAUUGCUGACAGAAAUAUCAUAAGAUAAUGGUAAGAAAUUUCUAUGUAAGUUUAUAUAAAUGACCCCCGAAAAAUAAUUUGAAUAAGAUAAAAAACUAAAAAUCUACGUCAGAUGACAGUUUCAGAGUGGAGAAGUUUAGUUGAUUAAUUGAAAUAGUUUUAUAGGUACUUUCAUAUGAUGAGAUGAACUACUUUAUUUGAAUAUGGAAUAGUGAACAGUAAUAGAAUUAGAGUAAGUGUCGUCCAAAAUAUCGUUUGGAGUCAGAAGUCAGUUGAAAGAAUGAUAAGCGACGACACCUUGCAAAUAAUAACAAUUUUAUUGUAUGGUAAUAAGGAAUUACUAUCUAGAACUUCAAUAGGUUACGCAAUAGAUUAGUUUUACUCUAGCCUUUCACAUUUAUUAUUAUAAUCAAAUAGUAUAUAAUAAUCAGAUAGUACAUAAUCGAAUACCUUCAAAAGAAAAAAUAAAUGUAUCUAUCAGCA